AUGGGCCUUACUAGUCCCGUCAUCCAGCACUAUGGCAUUUCCAUCUCCAACAGCCACAAGAGAUUCAGCAGGGCCAAGAAGGACAAACCAUUCCCCUUCGCAUCCAACAGAAUUACUUUGCCAGACAAACAGAAGAAAGAAUGGAACCGAAUCCUGACUGCAUGUGCCAGCCAUGCCAUGCAAUUCUACUGUGGUGGUGACCCAAGUGGGGAAACUGUGGCACGGAUUAUCAAGGCUCCAUGCUAUCAGAAUUACAACCCAGCUGCUUUGAGUCGACCUGCCACUGACAUGUAUUUUGGAAUGGAUAUUAAGGCAACAAUCGACAAGGAAGCUACCGAAGCAACAAGAACAAUUUUACGUACAGCAUAUGCUAUGGGUAGUGGCUCCAUGUCACUUGGCUACGAUCAGAGGGGAUUCAAAAUUUACCCCUGGUCGGAACCAUUUGCAGCUUUGGUCGCUUUUGCCAAUGAUCAGAUUUUGGAAACUCAUCCGGAAUGGGGUCAAAAGGAAUAUCGAUUCAACCAUGUGAGCUGCAAAAUCUACCACAAGUUCGAGAAUUCUCACGGCCAGUGCCAGGCAAAGCGGAUCAGGCAGCAUCGAGAUUUGGAGUUCAGCAACUUUAAGCCUAAAGUAAACAAUUCGCAAUUACCGGGCUCACCUGUCAUUAUUGGUACUGUAGGAGACCGGAAAUUCCUGGGAUUCCGUAACUACCGAUCGAUCUGGGGUACAAAGAAAAACAGAAAGGGAGAGAAGGUAGAGGGCUGGGUUGAGCAGGAGAUUCCUUCAAGACGAUUCUUUAUUGAGCAGAAAAAUGGUUCUUGCUUUCUACUGCAUCCACAUGACGAGUUCUACAGGAGUCACCAGAAAGCCUUCUGGAAGCAUGAAUCCUGGAUGCAAGAUCCAAAUGGUGUUUGCAUCUCAUUUAUGCUACGAGUUGUUCAGAAGACAGCUAAAUUGAAUGAACAAUCGGACAAGCUAGCCACCCCUAGCAAUCCUUCCGGUAAGGAUGUACUCUUUGAUGCAGCUCACCAAAACUUAGACCCAGCAACAUUCGAACGUAAAUGGGGUGACAUUAUCAAUCAUACUCAGAAUCGAAUGAAGAUUUACAACGUAAAGUUUUAG